AUGGCCUGCAUUACCGACAAAGAUCUUUUCUACAACAAAUGGCGUAUUCCUGCUGGCACACCAGUUGGGAUGACUACAUUGCUGAUGCAUACCGACGCGAAACUAUAUCCUAACCGAAUGUUCUUUAAUCCUGAUCGCUGGAUGGGCGUGGAACCAAAUCUCUGGAAAGCUUCUGAUGCGAAAUUUGCUCCCUUUUCGCGAGGAACUAGAAUGUGCCUUGGUAUGCAGUAGGUCAUCUCCUCCCAGAUGCUCCCAAUGAUUCUUGUUCCGCUCAGGCUGUCAUUUGUUUCGAUCAUACAAAGAUUACCGCUAAUUGGAUGAUUGCUUUCUAG